AACAACAACAUCUUUCCUCAUCAACCAUCUCCUCUUUACUUCUUUCUUUCUACCCUCAAGGCUGUGCCUUUUCGAUUCUAUUACAACCUUUUUCGGUUCUCUUUAUCAUUUCCAUCUAAACAUAUUAUCUUCACUUUCCCUCCAAUCAAACCCAUAAAAAACCCCACAUCAGUCAAAAUGUUUGCCAAGCUUCUCCUCGUCGCCCUUGCCACCUCCCCUCUGGUCUCUGCCCACGGCAAGGUCGCCGCGGUUGUAGGCGACCAGGGUGGAAAUACAACCGCUCUGGGCAUUCAGGGCGGUGUCGUCCCCGGCUCGGGCCCCAACUCCAAGACUGAGGUGGACACGACCACCUUCAACGGCAAGAGCCUGAAGACCGACUCGCUGGGCGAGACAACAGACACCGGCAAGCUCAAGACGGACGAUCUGGCCCAGGCGAUGGAGCUGUCGGGCUCUACGCUGCCGCAGGUGGCCAGCACCAUCAACGCCACCUUCCACGUCGUCACCUCGGACGGCUGCGGGCCCAUCAAGGCCGUCAUCGACCCCACAGGCACGGGCGCCUACUCGCAGGGCACGGAGCUCAGCACCCUGGCCGACGUCCCGGGCGACGAUGGCGAGUGCCCCAAGAGCAUCACCAAGAAGUCGUACAUCCGCAGCCUGCUCGAGAACUCUGGCGUCAUCAGCAAGCGGGCCAGCAACGUCAACCAGGACUUCAACGUUGCCUUCUCCGUCCCCGCCGGCACCACCUGCACGGGCACCAUCAACGGCCAGUCCAACGUCUGCCUCGUCAAGCUGGCCAACAACAACAAGAACGGUCCCUUUGGCGGCAACGUUGCCAUCCAGAUGACCACUGCCGCUGCUGCCACCAACACCACUGCCAAGCGUGGCUCCGUUGCCCAGCCUUUCUCUGCUUAAAGAAACCCCAAGAGUUUUGUUUCUCAGACAAACAAGAUUGGGGACGAAACCCGUCUCACCCUUUUGGGGGUUGAGAUGAGCCGAGAGGAAUACCGAAGAGGUGGGGGUAGAGAACGCAUGGGACGAAGGGACAGGGUAUGAACGACCGGGUCGAUUCUCCUCUCUCUCGGUGCGAUCUUGACUGAUCGUUAUCGUUUGGGCUGGGUCCUGGAGGUUGAUUUAGUAUUCUCAACAAGGGGAGAGACAAGUCGGACGCAGAGCUUGUACAUACGACAGGAUGGCCUCGUCUGUAUGACAUGUACACUCAACACGGAUGCAUAAACAACUCGUGUUGAGACCAUAAAAUACCACUUUACGAAUUUUAAACGUUUUAAACC